AACAACUGUGUUCGCUCGCUGCUUUGCUUUUCUAUCAGAUGUAAAAUGGACGGGCGGUCGUGUUGCUGUGCGCUCGCGUAUCCCGCGUGAUCGUUUUCAUAUCGAUGUUUAUUGUUUUAAAUUUUGACGUGAAUACGAAUAUUGUUUAUGCGAUUGUUCGACUACUUCGGUGUUCGGUGCCGAAGCAGAUUGUGUUUGUGGAUGUGUUUUUCAUUUGACGUUGGCGCUCACUUCACUUGCAGUGAUUUCGCUGAUAGCUCACUCGCCGGUGGGUGCGCGUGAUAAAUAAACUACGUGUUCGGUUUUUAAAAAGGCGAAUAAUCGCCUAGUGAGGGUGUUUUGCAGUUACGAUGCUGCGUACGGUGACAUAGUGAACGUUGUACUACCCUGACCUCUGACAAUCAUGUCUGGGCGAUCGGAUUGCAGGAAAUUUGCACCAAACAUCUUCAACAAGAGCAAAUGCACUAAUUGCUUCAGACAGAAGGAGGAGCACAGUGCCGAGGCUUUGGAAUCUAAUCGGGCCAGUCGAAAGAUAUCCAAAUGUGGGUAUCUUUUCGUGGCGCCGGGCUGGGAUUUCAGCAAUCCGCUCUACAGAACAAAGAGAUGGCAGCGGAGGUGGUUCGUUUUAUACGACGACGGCGAACUGACAUAUUCGUUGGACGAACACCCAGACACAGUGCCCCAAGCCAGCGUGGACAUGACGACCGUCCUAGAAGUGAGCGAGGCGGACGGGGUCACCGGCCACGCGCACAGCCUGGCCAUCACGGCUCCGGAGAGGGUCACCUUCGUCAAGGGCACCUGCCGGGAAGAGGCCCGCUGGUGGGCUGACGUGCUGAGCGUCUACCCUCGGAGUAAGGGUCGACACAAGAGAAACGCAACCUUCCCCGGCGGACAAACAGCGAGCCUGCUUCAAUCAUCGACCACCAGAAAGUACUCAGCAGACGCGUCCACCCUCCGCGACGUGGCGGACGGUUGCCCGGCGGCGCGGCCCCGGUACUGCGCCGGCGGCACCACCACCUGGCCCGGCCCGAGGGUGCAGCCUCCGCAGCCCGAGAUCCCCAGCCUGGCUGCCCCGACACCUAUCGACACCAAAGUUUAUACCGACCAACCAGUGUCCUCAGCAUCUCCCCCGACCCGGGACAAGAUCAACGGGGAGGAGAAGGCCAGGUCCCGCCGCAGGGACACCUGGGCCGAGCCCACCACCGCCCCAGUCAACGACGACGAUGCAGGUGUCGGCGUAACAUCGCCGCUUCUACAGCAGCAGUGCCAGCAGUACGACGAGCAGCUGCGAGACAUCGCCGCGUCGCUGACCAGGCCGCGCUCGCGCCGCGCGCUGCCGCCGACCCUCGAGAGACCCACAAGACUGCCGCCACCAGACCGACUACCGGUUCGGGGCACUCCAGAUGGUGGCGUGCCACCCGAAGAAGGUAGCUCUAGCUCUUCAAGCGAAGGCAGCGAACCAACCGACGCUGCAGAAGUCACCGAAAGCGGCGAGGGAGGAAGAGUCGAACUGCCUGCAGAGAAACUCCUCCAUGCCAGGGCUGGCUGGCUCCAAAGAAGGGGGCCCGGGGGCUGGUCGCGACACUGGUUCGUGCUGAGAGGAGCAGCACUUCUGUACUUCAGGGACCCUCACGCGGAACACAGGGGUCUCAUGGAUGGAGUCAUUGACCUCAGCGGAGUAGCAAGAGUGGUAGAGUUGCCGACAUCUGCAUCUACAAAUGGAUAUGCCUUUGAAACAGAAACUUGGGACGGCAAACAUAUAGUACUAUCUGCAGUAACGGCCGGCAUCAGAGCCAACUGGAUGUCAGCUAUUCUGAGAACAGCUGGCCUUCCUGACUCUGGACCUCUAACUCUGAUACUCCGCGAGGAUUCAGUGGAUCAAGCGUCUGAAUCAUCAGCGUCACCUGUUACACCAGUCACUCCUAUUACUGGUAAAUCGGGGCCAUUCUCCUCGGACGAAGAAUAUAGAACGGCAUCCGAAGGCGGGAGGAGGGACAGCGCAGACUGGGGAGAUGUGGCCCCACAACCUCCACCUUCUCCAAUCUUAAACAGAACUCCUAUUUCCAAAGUAAAAGAAAAAGUUCGCGCUCGAAACUAUCUUCAGCCGAAGACGGAUAACACAAAAGCGGACAAAGAUGAAACCGAUGCAACCAAAGAAAAAGAACGACCGUCGGACGAGGUGGACGAAAAUGAGAAGCCUACGGAGCCUCGCAAACGUAGCUACAUAUCGACAAUCGACAAGCAAUCUAUCGAAAUCGAAGCUCUGCGUAAACAGCUCAAGCUAGCGCUGAGUGACGUCAACGCAGCCGAGUCGGAGCUGGCCAGACUGCGGCAGCUCAAGUCAGAGGCUGCUAUGAGAGAAAAGAAAAUGGAGGAGCUUGUUACGACCUUGCAACAAAAAGAAGAAGAACUAUCGAAAAGAACGAAAGAGGCCGAAAACCUUAAUACAAUAAAGCAGCUAUACAAUCAGGACAAGACGAUGUGGGAGAAUAAGCUAACGGAGACACAAAAUGUCCUCAAAGAGUCUACGGAGCACUGUGAGUUGCUAACGAGACAACUAACUUCUGCUCAAGAAACUGUCAAACAACUUCAAAGGGAAUUAAACGACUUGAAUGAAAAACUCCUCAAGAGUGUCAAAGAAAAUGAAAGUUUGUACGCUAGGAUCAGAGACCUUGAAGGGCGCGUUGUAGCAGAAUCGCCAACAAGGGAAAAGAGAAAGAGCAUCGGGUCCCUGAGCGAUCUGACAAACAUGAAUCAAGAUUUAAAUAUAGACUCAUUGGAAAAGAGCAGACUGAUUGAAGAAUAUGUCGACCUUAGAGAAAGAUUCAUGAAAGCCAUUCAAGAAAUUAAAGCUAUGAAGAAGGAGCUUCGCGAGUCCCACAAUAUGUACGAUGAGCUAGAAAUUACAAAUAUGAAAUUAAGAAAUGAGAUGAAAUUGAGGGAACAGUGCAGCAGAUCAGAAAUAGAUUUAAUGGCAGCUCGUAUAUUAGAUUUGACUCAGAAACUCACGGCGUCGGACAAGCAGGUCCGCACUCUAAAACAUAAGAUACAGAAAACUGAGUCGAGAGAGAAGAGACGUAGUUUAUCACUUAAAGGUAGAGAAGCUUUAACACUCGGGAAGGAAGUCGAAGAGAAACUGACGGAGUUAGAAAACAAAAUCACCAUGUUGGAAUCAGGCGAGCCCGUUCCCACGAUAAACUCACCAUCGAAGAGCACCUCCCCAUCCAAAGAGAAAGGUACGAAAGCGGAGGGCUCUGAUGAAAAGCGCAUGAAGCGGCUGGCCGCGCGACUCCGGAGGAAGUCUCUCGACAGCGCCACGAGCUCCGAACCUAUGAAAAUGCUAGUCAGACUCAGCUCACUCGAGACUAAAGUGGCCUCCGCGCUGGAAAGCCGACGAGACCUCGGCAACUCGUGCGAGUCACUAGGACAGGCGAUGAGAUCCACCGACAGUCCUGUUCUCAACGAAAGUUCGGAGUCAUCUUCUCUGGUCGGCACCCAGUACCAGAGGCACCUUCUCGAUCGGCUGCAGAGUCUCGAAAGCGUCGUCAUCCAUUCGAGGAAUAAGGUCAACGAGUGUCUCUGUCAAAUGAGUGCGAUGCGCGCCGCCAAGUCGAGGAGGUCGCCGUCCCCGAGCCUCGAGAAGAAAUACAGCGUCAGGUCGAUGGAGAAAUGCCUCACCGAGGUCAGCAAGCGGCUUCAGGAAUGCUUCGAUCGAUGCGUAGUCGACCCGGAGCGCUCCGACGACCGCGAAAUCAACGACGGCGUCGUACGCGCCGUAUCACAACUGGAGGAGCGACUGAGAACCAAGUUGCUGGAAAUAUCGAGGCGAAAGGCGGCACUCUACGAGGCCGGAGAACUGACGCAGAGACGCAGCCUCGAGCUGCUGGCCGAGAAACUGGCGUACGAGGCCGUCCUCGUCGGAAAGAUACAGGAGGCGCUGGAGGCGGCGGACGGCGGGGCGUUCUUCGCGCGGCUCGUCCGGGCCGAAAUCGCCGAGACCGGGAAACUCGUCGACGACCUCCGACGACGCAUCGCGGGCGAGACCCGCAACUCCUCGACGAGGACCUCCCUGGACUAUCUCGCGAGAAUUCUGUCGCGGCGGAUCGAUCUCGCCAGCGGCGCCCGCGACCCGGCGCGGCCGAGACCCAUCGAUCUGGCGAUCCACGGCGCCGACCUGGACGCGCUGAAGGCGGCGCAGCGCGAGGUCGGCGAGGCGGUGGACCGGUACCGCGCCGAGCGGCUCGACGGGCUGCGGACCGCGCUCGGCGGCGACGAGGCGGAGCGGCGCUGCGGCGAGGCGACGGCGGCGGCGCGCGAGGCGCUCGGGGCCGAGCUGGUGCGCGCGGAGGUGGCGCGCGCGCUGUCGCGGGCCGCGGCCGCCUGCGAGCGGCGCCUGGACGACGCGCGCCGCGCGCACCUCACGCUCGCGGCGCAGGACCGCGCCGACCUGGAGCUGUGGUGGCGCGCGGCGCACGACCGGCUGCGCGCCGAGAUGGAGGCCGUGGCGCGCGACGUGGCGGCGGCGGGCGGGGCGGGGACGCCGGGCGGCGGCGCGGGGGCGGGGACGCUGCGGGAGCUGGCGGAGGUGCUGGCGCUGCGGGCGCUGGUGGACGCGCGCGUGGCCGUGCUGGAGGGCACGUACCGCGCGUCGGGCCCGCGGGACGGGGACGCCGCGCGCCGCUCGGCCGAGGACGCCGUCUCCUCGCUGGAUGCGGACCCCGCCGAGGAGGCGGAGUUCGUGUACCUGUUCCAGCGGUUCUCGAACGAGUGCCGAGCGCUCUUCUCCGGUGACUGUUCGGGCAACAGUGACGACUCGAUGAAGAUCGGCGAGAGCCUCGAGCGGGUGGAGGCGGCGGUGGCGGCGGUGGCGCGGCAGCUGGCGGGCGCGGAGGGCGCGGAGGAGGCGGCGGGCGCGGGCGGCGUGCUGGAGCGCGUGGAGGCGCUGCGGCGGCGCGUGGAAGCUCUGCAAGCGCUGGUGCCGUGCCAGCACUGUAAGCAGCUCCAAGACGCGCUGGACAGGCUGCAGGCGGAGCGCGCGCGCGGCGAGUGCGCGCUGGCCCAGCAGGCGGGCGCGCUGGCGGCAGCUCGACGCGCGCGGGCGCAGCUUCAGGCGCAGCACGAGCGCGAGCGGGCGGCGCUGCGGGAGCGCGCGCGCACGUUACAGCGCCGGCUCGCCGCGCUCGACUCCGAGUACUCGGCGCAGCUUGAAAAUCUGCGCGCCGCCUACCAGAGCGCAGUAGCAGCGGACACGCACGGCGACGGUCUGCGCGCGCGCUACCAGCAGGAGAUCGAGCAACUGCGCGCGCUGUGUGAAAAAGGACUAUUGGCCAUGGAGAGCUCGCACCGCCGCAUCGUGCGCGAGAUGGAGGACAAGCACCGCGCCGAGAGGGAGCAGCUCAGGCUGGACAAAGAACAGGCCCUAGCCGAGGAGACACGCGCCACACUUGCUGCCUUAGAUGCUAUGCGCAAAGCACACGAGAGCGAGGUGCGGCGCGAGGUGGACAAGUUUAAAGCAGAGUUCCUGUCGCGAGGGAACCACCCAGACAUCACGCAGCUCAGCUCGAGGCACCAGUCAGUGCAGGAGAUGGAGGAAAUCAAGCAGGAGAUCCUGUCCUUGUCAGACAAGUACUCGGUGAAGUGCGUGGAGUCGGCCGCGCUGGAGGAGCGCCUCGCCGCCGCCACCGCGCAGCUGGCGCACGCGCACAACCACAUCAUGCAGCUCGACUCCAGAAACAAACAGCUGCGCGCUCACCUCAUUUCCGAGGCCAACGAAAUGAAGAACGGUACGGAAGCGUCCACUCUCUCGCAGCUCAUCGAAGACACUGCGCCGCAUGGGAGGGCGGAGGCGCCGCUGUGGGCUCACCUGCGGACGCUGGCGGCGGCCUGGCAGCGCGCCAACAACUAUACAGGGGAAAUCGUCAAGGGCGAGUCCUCUGCUGGAGGCAGCGAGACCGACGCGCCCGGCCAAGAUCCAGUUCGCGAAGACAGAGAGCACCAGAAACCUGCAGCUGUCGCCCGUCCAGAACUAAAAGCGACACAACGCUGCUCGGCGAGCAGCCGCGUGCCGCUGGCGCCACUGGCCGGGGUGGUGGCCGAGCGCAAGAAGCGCUUCGAGCUGUAGCCGCAGCGCGCCGCAGCGGGCCGCAGCAGGCCGCAGCGGGCCGCAGCAGCCCGCAGCGACGCAAUCGCGAACUUAUUGCCAAAGGUUAAGGAGUUUCACAUGUAUUAUGUUACGGAAUGUAUUGUCACGUCUCACCCACCAUGCGAGCACCUGGCCACUUUGCUUAACGUCCCACAUAUAACGUCGAUUACGUAAAAACAUUAUCUAGCUUAGCGAAGCCCAAAAGUAUUGCCGUCUUUUACAUUUGUUAAGAAUAUGAAAAGCAUAGCAUGUCUUUUAUUAUUAGAUUAAGUUCAGGUAAUGAUUUUACACAGUCGUAAUUGUUUGAUUUUAAUACAUUUAUGUAAUUUUAUGUGGUAGUUGAUAUAUUAUUUGCACGUUGCGACAGAU